UCUUAUCUCUCGGUGAAAGUCUUAUGAAUUUUUUCAUUGAGCAUUUUAGAGAUUAUUACGGGGAACAAUAUAUUACUAGUAAUAUUCACAAUCUAUCUCAUAUUUUCGAAGAGGUAAGACGCUUUGGAAUACUUCAAAGUUUCUAGGCUUAUCCACUUGAAAAUAAAUUGCAAUUUUUAAAAAACUUGAUGAGAAAUGGAAACAAACCUCUUGCUCAGAUUGCUAAACGAUUGAGUAAACGAAGUAUUAUCGAAUUAGAAAUAAUAAAUAACAGGCGAAUAGAAUAUCCAUUUCUAAAAACUAGUAGACAUGUUACAGUUUUAUAUUGAGAAAGUUUUAUGCUAUCAUCACAACCGGAGAAUAAAUGGUUCUUGAAUUCUGAUAAUCAUAUUGUUGAAAUAAUAACUAUCUAUACUUAUGAUCAAAAAGAAAUGCUUCUACGAGGAAACUGCAUUAAACAUUUGGAAAAUGUUUUUGAAAUUCCCAUAAAAUCGUCUUUGUUAAGUAUAUUCAAAUGCUCAUUAGCCAACAUAACUAAACAUGAAGAAGCUAUUUUUAAAAUAGAAGAUAUUAAAGCCAAACUUGUAGCUAUAAAUUACCAAUCUGAUAUUUUCUUCGCGCCUUUACUAUAUACACUAUAACUGAGAACUGUUGUGUUGUUAAUUAGUUGUAAUAAUUAUAAGCGUUUUAUUCUUUAAUCAGUCUUUAUGAUUUUAACAUUAAUAUUAAGCUUUAAACAGUAACACUAUAGUUACCACAAACAAAAAACUCGCACUUGCUAGCCAUUUUUUCAAAGUAACUGAAGAAAAAACCAAUGAUCCGAAUACGACCGAAUCGUUUAUCGUGAUAGUUGAAAAUUUCUUUAAUCAGUAGAUAACAUGAUUUGUUAUAAAAUUUUU